UAGUUGACACGCUUGACAUCGGUAUAGGCCUAGACUCUACACAACUGACUGGGCCUGUUGCCACAGUUUGCCUCUCAUUUUCACUACACCAGUCAGUGAGGAAUUACGGGACUAGUGAUUACGAAAACGCAAUAAUCGGUGCUCUGGAUCCGGAAACCCUGUGAUAUUCUACACCGUGAAACUCGUGACAGCCUUUGAUUCUGAGCGUUAUUCAACUUGCAAGUUGACAAAAGGCCUUAACGGGAAAUGGACGCAUGAUAUCAUCUCAACAUGGAACGCGCCAGGGAAUUUCUCAAGGAACAAGCGCAAUACUACUCCGAAGUCUUCACCAGGAAAAAGAAGGUUGUCCCGGAGCAGUCGAAGCUGAAGCAAUGUCUUAACGUGUUCGACUUGACGUCGCUUGGCGUGGGGAGCUGCUGGGGCGCCGGACUCUACGUCAUCGUGGGACAUGUGGCCAGAAAGCAAGCCGGGCCUGCCAGUUUUCUCUCCUUCUUGUUUGCGGGUAUUACUUCUUUCUUCUCGGGAAUGUGCUACGGAGAGUUCGGCGAGCGCGUCCCCCACACGACCGGCUCGGCUUACAUGUAUAGCUACGUGACCAUUGGGGAACUCUUGGCUUUCGUGACGGGCUGGAACCUUAUUCUCGAAUACGUCAUAGGUCUUGCCGUGAACAGUGUGGCCCUGAGUAAUGGUAUUGACGCCGUCACGGGGGAGGCGAUAAGCCAAUUUCUCGCAAACCAUACAUUCCCUGUCAUCGGUCGGGAGUACCCGGACAUCGUCUCUUUCUCACUGUGCAUGUUGGUGUCCCUCCUGGUCGCCUUCGGCGUGCAAGUCUCGGUCACCGUAAACAACAUCAUGAACGCGGUCAACGUGGGCGUGGUGAUCUUCUUCAUCAGUGUGGGCGCAUUCUACGCCGAGCCGACCAACUGGACCGACAACUUCCUACCUUUCGGAGUGCAAGGGGUUCUUCGUGGCACUGCUACGUCCUUCUUCGCCUUCAUCGGCUUCGAUGUGAUCGCCACCAUGGGCGAGGAGACGAAGAACCCCUCGAAGACCAUCCCGAGAUCCAUCAUAGCUUGCCUGCUGGUCUCGCUCUCGGCCUACGUAGGAGUCAGUAUCGUCCUCACCCUGAUGGUUCCGUACUACCAGAUAGCUCGCAGGGCGGCAUUGGUGACCGUGUUUAAAACCCGCGGCGUCACGUACGCCCAAUACGUGGUGCUUGCGGGCUCGAUAACUGCGCUGUCCGUUGAUUUAGUCAGCGCUGUGUUUCCCGUUCCAAGGAUCAUUUAUGCCAUGUCCAAAGAUGGAUUGUUUUUCUCGCCGUUUGCUGUCAUCAAUAGUUGGACUAAGACUCCGUUUCGGGCCACUAUCGUAGUUGGUCUAUUCUCCAGUAUUAUCUCUAUGUUUGUUGGGCUGAAUCCUCUGGUUGAGAUGAUGUCUAUAGGAACUUUAUUUGCGUACACCAUCGUAUCCGCCUCGGUUCUGGUCCUACGGUACAGACCACACAUGGAGGACUUCAUGCCCCCGGACUACAUCGGGGACUUGCAAGAUAACUCGACCACGGAAAACGGUUAUAUAGAGCUACCCGACAUCAACCGAGACAGUGAUACGCAUACGCCGUCACAAUCCGACAUCGCAUCAACCAUGUCAAAAGACGAUAGAAAGGAAAAACUUAGCAUAGAUCUCAAAACGAAGGAAGCCAGCACGGAAGUAAAAACAAAGGAAAACUCCCACCUUGAUCUCGAUAGGACAAUCUCCUACGGAACCCUGAGUGAAACAAUUAACUCUAGUACUCCACUGACCAAAUCAUCUGAGGAAAGCUCUGAAAUUCAAAAUGGCGACCCUGUGGAACAAAAUGGCAGAGUCCAUCUAAAUUCUCCGCCACCAAAAGACAAAUUACCCUUGUGGCGGAAGAUUCUCUUCCCGCCAGUAACUGCAACAGUAGAAACGUCAAAAGUAGUGCAAUAUACUGUAGUGAUUGUGUUUGUUUUGUUUUUCGCCAUUGACGCUAUUUUGCAUUUUGCUGUUCAGGCGUUGAUAGACGUAAAUGCUGGCGUGAUAUUCUGUGUUGUGAUAUUAGUGAUAUUGACAGCUGGAGCGAUGAUUGUAAUAGCCAGGCAACCGCAAAGCAGACAUAAAAUCGGAUUCAAAGUGCCAGGUCUUCCCUGGUUCCCUUGCAUAGGGAUCUUCCUAAAUAUUUAUCUCAUACUAAACCUGUCGCCGAUUACGCUCGCCAGGAUGGCUGUCUGGUUAGCUAUUGGUUUUGUAUUGUACUUUGCCUACGGUGUUAAGCACGCAGGCGAGGCUCGUUGGGCCGACCAGGAACUGGUGUUUGAGGCUCACGUGGACGAAGAUUCCGUCUUGACCGAGACAUCGAGUGCUUACGGGGACGCAUCGGAGGAAAAGACGAUAUACUGCCGACCUCGCCGGGACGACAAGGAGAGGAACAUGGAUUAGACUAUAGCCUCCUGCGAGGAGAAUUUCUGUUCACCUAAUCUCUAGUCGCUCGAACCUCAAUAAAUUCCCCUUGGAUUGGCCUACCAUGUAGAUGCAUCAUAUAUGGUAACAUUGAGAUGUCAUUUUUCAUGAUCGGAGGCAAUCCUUGAAUUUUAUUGGCCAAUGGAUAGACAUCACGUGGUCAUUAUUAUAAUGUCGUUCCUUAUAUGAAAAUACGUUAAUUUCAUUGGCCAGGAGGCAUCACGGGGCCAUUGUCAUGUUGUCGUUCCUGAUAGGAUAAUCUGUGAACUUCAUCGUCUCGAUCGAAUCUGACGUUGUUUUGAUAUCGUUCUUCAUGAGAUCUGUGAAAUUUUAUUGGCCUGGGGGCAUCACGUGGUCGCUAUGAUGUUCUUCACAAUGAGAUAAGUCAUGAAUUCCAUCGGCUGGCGUAUCAUACGGCUAAUGAUGGCCAGUUUAAUUCGAUUAAUUAGCUUUUGAUAUAUGUGUAUAUAUUACAAGCACGCGAUAUUUUGAACGACAAUACUCAGCUUAAAACUCAAUCGGUGUAUACAAGCUGUCAGUGACAAUUAUAUGAUUAUAAUUCUCAGUAAUAACUAUAUAUUAUAAGGGUGAGGAUGAUAAAUUCAUUGAAUAUAUUAUCUAAGACGCCAGAGAUGUGUAGAUAAGUCAACAAUAAACCAUGUCAAAUGAAAACGAAGUUUAUUCGAUCAAUAGUCAAAUGCCCAAUUGACGAAUUUGAAGAAAGAAUUGCAUGUUUGGAUCUACCAAGGGGUCUUCUUCAUGCAGCAUAUCUGACGUUUGGUGAACAAUCGUAGUAUUGGCCUACGAAUCUGACCCGCCCUAUGGCAGCAGGUAAAAGUUGAUCCUAAGUCAGUGCCUCAUUUCACUGGCCCUACUCCGCUUUUCAUUGGCAGGAGCAUUGCGCCCACAGCUAAACAUCGCAAUGACAUCUUCCCGAAAUUUGUUACACCCUAAGCAGUAGACAUAAAAGUUCGCUGAAGGGUUGAUGUAAAGUACGAAGUUAACGGUUUCGUAUACCGUUUUUCGGAUCAUACUAAUCCGCGAUGUCGUUGUGAUCAGUUGGUCCAAAUAGUCAUCGACCCAGUAGAAAACAGUCCAAGGGACAUUGGUGACGAAGAAGAUCAGAAUGAUUAAAAUCAGAAGAACUGUGACGUGGCCAUCUUUGUUUGUUUUCCCUAAUUUGGAUGAAUUUUGGCUCUGAAGUCGUAGUGUGCCGAUUAUAAGAAGAUUUAGAAGAAGGAUUGUACAGAAUGGAGCCGUGAAUAUUGUGACUGUGUGGACUUUGUACCAGACGCCCGAAAACCAACUUGGGUAAGC